GCACACUCAUGCUCCAGAAGGGGUAGGUGCUCAUCUUGAAAACUCUCCCAGGCCAUGCAUUGCAGGGAAUGGAGAGGGCAUGGAGCGUCCCAAUCAAUCCGCCCGUCAGGCAGGCGGUUGGCGGAGAGGGCCUUGUACGCUUCACUGAAGUCGUCAUAAGGGUUUGGUGGUCGUGGCGGCGGUUUCACCGAUGGCCACUGACGGCAAGGCAAUCGGCGGUAGAAUUCGUAAGGGUCUAGCCCCCCAGUCAUUGGAAUUGAUUGACUUGGGGGAGGAGGCAGGCUCCAGCGAAGAAGGAGCCGACCCGCCGGAAAGAUUCAGAGAAACAGGAAUUCCCUCAGACAUGGCAAGGAUAGAGGAGAAGAAAAUAUUUGAGAAUGCCGUUCGAAUUCUGUCGUCGGAACAGAUUCACCCUGCUGCCCAAACUGGUACGGCUGUCCAGAUUACACCGCUGCCCGGGAUGGCUGGGAUACGGAGGGAGGUCGCUGGAGUUGCUGGGUCGUUUGCCGGAACAGAGAGCCGCCCCGCCGCUGACCCGCCAUCACUGGAAACUAACGAAACAGCGGGAAUCGCCGGAGGGACCCACUGGUUCUUCCUCGCCGGAGGAGAACCACUAGAGCCCGCUGGUUUGCCGGUUGUCACUGUCUUCGUCUCCAUCCACGACCUCGCCGGGGUCGUCACCCGCGCCUACAGCCGCUGUCGUCCCUGGGUCGAGGAGGACCGUCAUCGCUGAUGGGGCUGCCUGCGCUGAUCGCUGGUCAGAGGAGAAGACUGAGGUGGUCACAGCCUCUGCUGCCGUGGAAAACCACUGUGCGCUGCUGCAUCGUCGGAUCGAAGAAGCAAGAGGAGGGUGGCGGCGGUUGAGUCGAAGGAGAAGAAGGAAACGGGAGAGGGAGUAUUUAUAUUUCUAGGGUUUUGUGCUCCGUAGUCUAAAUUAACGUGUCUGAGUAAAAACACACUUUUCGG